UAAUCAUGUUGAGGGGUAGUGGGAGGAAAAGCGGGAAAUAUCCAAAAAUAAACACAAAUCCUGUUUCAUAAUACAUUUUUCCGUAAAUUUAAGUUUAGAAAUGCUUAGACGAAGUGUUUGAAUAGUCGGAUAGCGUUCCAAAUAGUCCAUUCAACUAAUCAACAAGCUUCGCCAGUGAUGCAUUAAUAAAGCUUUUGUCGCUUAAUAUUUUUGUAGCAUCACGAUGUGCAGCGAAAAUACCUAAAUGCCGUCCAAAUUAACCGUCUCGACAUAUUUUUACAAAGUAAAUUUUCGACUGUUAAAAUGGAAGACGAACUCGACGAUCGAAUCAUCUACCAAACCUACGUUUCACACAUGAGAAUCAUGUCUAAACUAGCAUGGAGUGUCCCAUUAAAACUCUCCCAUAUAACUCAAACACAAACCCAUUACAUAUCAUCCAUAUGGAGACUAGUGAAGACCUAUUUUCUAAAACCCGAAUUGAUUAUUUUUGGAACAAUGCUUUUUUUACUUUAUUUCUAUAUGCAAGCCCUCGAUCUAUGGAGUCGUAAUUUGUUAGGGAGGCUGCAGUACACCAUCAACAAACCCAGAAUGAAAAUGGACAAGUUGGGAAUGUGGGAUGCCGAAAAGCAAAGUUGGGAAAUGAAAGUUGGACCUAUUGCAGCCUAUGCUAUACAAGGCCGCAGGCCUAAAAUGGAAGACAGAUUUGUUAUAAACGAUAACAUCAACAAUACAGGAGUAGCAUUGUUUGCAGUAUUUGAUGGGCACGGUGGAGAGUUUGCAGCCAAUUAUGCCAAAGAGAAAUUAAUCAACAAUUUAACUAACAAAGUGGUACAAAUUAAGAAUUUAAUUAGCGGAAACCCUAUAGAAAAAGAACCAAUGAACUGUGAUAAAGAGGAAAUUGUUGAAGAAAAAAAGCCGCAGGCAUUGCCACCAGCAACUGAAAGACGCAAAAGCUUUAGAAGAACAAGCUCCACAACAGAUGAAUGCAUAAAAAUCCCAAAAGAAAUAACUGACAAUGAAAUUUUGAGCAAACUUGAUACAAUCAAGCCAAUAACAAGAGAUACUCGCCCAUUAAAACUAACUCCUAGCAUGAAAAAAGUACCCAUAACCUCGUACUUUGACAAAUUUGGCAUAGUAAACUAUGAAAAACUUAUAACAGAUGAAGUAUUAGCUGCUGACGAGCGAUUAGUUGAAGUAGCCAAAAAAUCUUUCGAUGUUGCCGGCACUACAGCUCUCAUAGCUCUAUUAGAAGGUAGCAAACUCUACGUGGCAAAUGUUGGAGACUCCAGAGGAGUUAUGUGCGACAGCAAAGGCAACGCCAUACCUUUGUCAUUCGACCACAAGCCACAGCAAAUGCGGGAAAAAAAGCGCAUAAAAGAAGCAGGAGGUUUUGUAACUUUCAACGGUGUUUGGAGAGUAGCUGGGAUUUUAGCUACUUCCAGAGCUUUAGGAGAUUAUCCUUUAAAAGACAAAAAGCUGGUCAUAGCGGAUCCAGAUAUACUCACUUUUGAAUUGAAAGAUCACAAACCGCAAUUUCUCAUACUGGCUUCUGAUGGUUUAUGGGAUAUAUUUUCGAAUGAAGACGCUGUGAAUUUUAUCAAAGAACGACUUGAUGAACCUGAUUAUGGAGCUAAAAGUAUAACGUUACAGUCGUACUAUAAAGGCAGCAUGGAUAAUAUUAGUGUUAUUGUUAUUAAUUUUAAGGAUAAUUCGCUUGGGAUUUAUAAGAGUGAUUAAAUAAAUUUAUUUUUUUUUCUUGAUUUUGAA